AUAUUCUAAUAGCGAUUAGCAGCAGCAGUGAUAGGGUUUUCAAAAUAACAAGCUUGUGUGCUGUGUACAUAUAAAAGUCGUUAAUUUGAUGCUACUUGCACAAACUCUCAGACUUCUUGCACAAAUUCUCAGACUCCAAACCAGAGCUUCAUAGGAAGAAGGGGAAGAGAAAGUCUCUUGCUUUUACAGUGUUACGUUUGUUCCCAACCCAGAAUAAGCUAGAGGGCCACCCAAGGAAGAUACCCAGAGCUUGUUUUUGCAUGAAAGUGAAGGAACAAUGACGACCGAUCUCAGUGAUUACGCCAUCAUUAAGGAAGGAGAGGCUGAGAUUCUGAUGCAUGCUAAAAACCAAGUCUUUUACAACAAAACUCAGGUUAACAACAGAGACAUAUCAAUUGCGGUUCUGAGGGCAUUUAUUGAAAAACGCAAGGAGGAGCAUGUAGCAAGAUUGUCCAAGAAAACAAAAACAGCACCAAAGGUGUCUGAGAAAGAUGCUUCAAAUUCUGUUGUAGAAGAAGUAUCUAAUGAGUCUGAUAUUAUUGAUGAAAAAACGAAUGGAGAUUGUGAAGUGGCAGCAGAGAUAUCUCAAGAGGAACCAUGCAGCAUUUCAGAAGAACCGAACAAGGUCACAGAGGGAAAAGGACAAGUGGAACUGAAGCCACCAAGAGUUCUUGAGGCCUUGUCGGCUUCUGGUUUAAGAGCUCUUAGGUAUGCUCGCGAAGUGGAAGGGAUUGGUCAAGUUGUGGCUCUAGACAAUGAUAAAAUUUCUGUUGAAGCUUGUAGGAGAAACAUCAAGUUCAAUGGUUCAGUUGCAUGUUCAAAGGUGGAAUCACAUCUUGCUGAUGCUCGUGUGCAUAUGCUCACCCACCCAAAAGAAUUUGAUGUGGUUGAUCUUGAUCCUUAUGGUUCUCCUUCUGUCUUCUUGGACUCAGCGGUUCAAUCUGUUGUUGACGGAGGAUUGCUAAUGUGUACAGCAACUGAUAUGGCAGUGCUAUGUGGUGGUAAUGGGGAGGUUUGCUAUUCAAAAUACGGUUCCUAUCCAUUGAGAGGGAAAUAUUGCCACGAAAUGGCUUUGAGGAUCCUCCUAGCCUGCAUUGAGAGUCAUGCGAAUCGUUACAAACGGUACAUUGUUCCUGUGCUAUCUGUUCAGAUGGACUUCUAUGUUCGAGUUUUCGUCCGUAUCUACUCUUCUGCAAGUGCAAUGAAGAACACUCCCCUUAAGCUCUCCUAUGUUUAUCAGUGCAUUGGUUGCGAUUCUUUUCAUCUUCAGCCUAUUGGAAGGACUGUCGCCAAGAACAGCAGUGUAAGAUAUCUACCUGGGUUUGGUCCUGUUGUUCCUCAAGAAUGCAAUGAUUGUGGGAAGAAAUUCAAUAUGGGUGGGCCCAUAUGGUCUGCUCCUAUCCAUGAUCAAGAGUGGGUAACUUCCAUACUAUCAGAUGUGAAAUCUAUGAAGGAGCGGUAUCCUGCUUAUGAUCGCAUCUCUGCUGUACUAACAACAAUUUCAGAGGAGUUGCCUGAUGUUCCUUUGUUCUUGAGUCUGCACAAUCUCUGUGCCACACUGAAGUGUACUUCCCCAUCUGCAGUGAUUUUCCGUUCUGCUGUGAUCAAUGCAGGAUAUCGUAUAUCCGGAACUCAUGUAAACCCCUUGGGGUUAAAAUCAGAUGCUCCCAUGGAUGUCAUUUGGGACAUAAUGCGCUGUUGGGUGAAGAAUCACCCAGUGAAACCUCAGCCUCCAGAUCAAUCAGGAACCGUGAUCCUUGCUAAGGAACCUGUUCUCCAAGCUAAUUUUGCUAGAGCCGUUGCGUCUCUAAGCAAGGCACAAACCAAGAAGGUAGCACGCUUCCUUCCAAAUCCGGAAAGGCACUGGGGCCCAAAGCUUAGGGCAGGUCGUCAAAUCACCAGCAAACACAUAUCUCUCUUGGGUCCAGACGCUGUCAAUGGAGUUCUUAACCAUGAAGAGGAUGAGGAACAUAAUGCCAAGCGUCAAAAGAUUCAAGAUCAUCCCACCCCAAAUUGAUGAAAUGAACGUUUAAGUAUGUCAACCAAGUUGACCUAGAGCUCCAUACAACCGUUACAGAGAGAACAUACAUAAUCCUCAUUCCUCUUGAUUUUUAUUUGGAGACAGCGAGAUGAGGGGGAGAGAGAGGCUUCUCACGAGCCAGUAAUGAAGCCGCAGUAAAAUUAACUGGAGCGGCAACUUUCUAGUGAAUUAGAAGUCAUUUUCAGCAAUUUUGAGUUUUGAUUAGACCAUAUUUACUAGCAUACUUUUGAGUUUGUAAGCAAUUUUCUUGGAUUAUUAUUUUAUUUUAUUUAUGCAAGAGGUUGAAAAGUAAGUUUUA